AUCAUGGUGUUCCUAGACAGUCAUGUGGAGGUGAACCUUGGCUGGAUAGAACCCCUUUUGUCCAGAGUGGCUGAGUAUCGCAACCACGUUGUCACCCCAAUUAUUGAUGUUAUAUCUCCAGACACAUUCCAGUACACAGCCUCACCUCUUGUGCGUGGAGGCUUCAACUGGGGCCUUCACUUCAAGUGGGACACAAUUCCUUCAAACUACUUCAUGGACAAGAUAAAUUUCAUAAAGCCCAUUAAGUCCCCAACCAUGGCUGGUGGGCUCUUUGCCAUAGAUCGUAACUACUUUAAGGAGAUUGGUGAAUAUGACAUGGGGAUGGAUGUCUGGGGUGGAGAGAAUUUAGAAAUGUCUUUUAGGGUUUGGAUGUGUGGAGGAGAGCUAGAGAUCAUGCCUUGCUCUCGUGUUGGUCACAUUUUCCGUCGGCGACGCCCAUAUGGAGGCCCAGGUGGCCAAGAUUCCUUGAUGCGCAACUCACUGAGGGUUGCCCAUGUAUGGCUAGAUGACUACAAGGAGAACUUUUUCAAAGUUCGUCCUGGAGCAGAGAAAAUGGAAUAUGGAGAUGUUUCAAGCAGAAAGAAGCUGAGAGAAGACCUUCAGUGUAAAUCUUUUUCAUGGUACCUGAAGAAUGUGUACCCAGAACUUGGGCCUCCAGGUGAGGAGAACAAGAAUGCGAAAAUGGACAAAGCAGGUGUACGCCCAUACCAGCCAUGGAAUAAACGAGUGAGGAAUUAUACACACAAGUGGCAGAUCCGUUUAACAGGAACAAACCUGUGCAUAGAGUCUGAGGAAGAUGUUUCACGGAAGGGUUCAAUGUUAGUACUGUCCAAGUGUUCAGAUUGGAAUCGUCAGGUGUUUCACCAGACAGACCGGAAUGAGCUUGUUCUUGCACAGCUGCUGUGCCUCGAGGCCUCUGAUAAUAGGCCUAAAAUUGCCAAGUGCCACGAAAUGGGAGGAGCCCAGGAGUGGAAAAUAUCCAACCAGAUGGGUGUUGCUCUGUAUAACAUGGCUCUUGGCCUGUGUGUAGCCGCACAGGACAGUCGCUUAGGAGCACCUGUGUUGAUGGCAAUGUGUUCCACUCCAAAUCUUGCCACUUGGGACCUUGUUGAUAUACUCUAGAUAUAUAUGGGUUAAAGAUUGUAUUUUUCGUGCAUGGAUGUGUUCAAUUGUUGAUAUAUAUGAAGGAAGUGUGUCUGCAGAUGCCUGUCUGUGUGUUUUUGUCAGUUUAUGCAUACUAUUUUCUUCAAGAAAAGAUACAACUCAUGUUCACAAUGUUAGGGUUUAUAUUUACCUUAGUUUAUUAGCCAUAUUUAUGUAUAUAAAAUAUAUGUACUGAUAUUGAUAAGUAGUGUUUAUUUUUUUAAAUAUUAUAAGAAAAAUUUAUUUAUAUCAGUGUGAGAAUUAUCAUGACAAAAUUAUAAAUAAGCAAUAUCUGAAUUUGUAAUUUAUACAAUUAGAGGUGAUAAAGAAUACUCGCAUUCAAAACAAAAGAAUAUAUAUAUGUAUAUAUAAUUAUUUAACUUUACAAAAGUGAAUUCUUAAUACCAUGGAGUGAAGAAUAUUCUAAAUGGAAUUAAAUUUGCUAAGAAUGAAGUAUUACAUUACAAUUGAGUGACAUGAUAUGAAGAUAUAAACCUAUAUUUUCAUUUUUUUUUCUAUUCAGAAUCAAUGGAAUGCCAUUUAGAUAGCUUGAUUGUGGCACUGAAAUGAGAGAUCACUGGCUUCAUCUUGGUUAACCCUAUUACUGUGUAACAUGACCAUCACAUAAUGAAAAUAAAUUGGCUUGAGGACUAGGUGACGUGAACAUCCCGUCAUGGGAAAAUCUGGCUGAGGGCCGAGAUGACACAAACUUGCCAUCAUGAGCAUUUUGGCUGAAGGCUGGGUGUACAAACUUCUUGGAGGGUGAUUAGACUCUUUGGCUUUUUAGACUCGAGUGGCUUUUGCAUUAUUUCCAUCAAUAAACGAGUGUGAACUUACUGUGCAUGAGCCAUGACUGGAAGAGCACCAGCUCCAGUAAGGAUGCCAUUUUCAUGCUCAAUAUCCUAUUCCUGGAUACUGUGAUGGGCGCUGCAGGUUGUAUUGCAGAAGAUAUAAUAUUACAAAAAAAAAGACUAAUAACAAAAUGUUACUUAUUGUUAUUGUUCAUGCACUGAGUGAUGGACUACCUAGAGAGAUGAUAUGGAGUUUGUGCAAGGAUAACAGUCUUUUACCAUCUGGAUAAAGCAAAUCAAAUGACUAUGGACAUUGGAAAAUGGCAAAGAGAACUAAAAAUGCCUAGGCAUAAAAAGAAAAAACUACAUUGCAAAGGGGAGGCAUAUUCUUGUCACCACACACAAGUGUAGCCAGCCUACAAGCCACACACCUGGCAGAGCAGCUGCUGCCCAGUGCCCAUAUUUUAGGCCAUAUGAUUGCUAUGAAGCAACCAAUUCCACAGGUUUAAGUAUUCAGGUGUGUGAGGCAUGCCUUCAGAGUAAAAUCAGAAGAUAUGGUGCCAUUAUGAUUUCCUGUAGGCAUUUUCAAACAGGAAAAGUGGCAAAAACAGAAGCAGUUCUGGACUCCAGGCUGUUGUGAGAAAUGGGGUGACAAAUGAUUCAGUUCAGCUAUGUGAUUCUUCCAACCAGUUAGUGGGCAGAAUGGACCUCAUUCUCUCAUCACUAUCUCCACUAGCCAAUUCUCCCUAUGAACAGUAUUGUUCACUCCAAAUCAAGUUUAGAUAAUUUGAUUGCUGAACUUAUAGAGUAUUUCAAGAAUACUUUCUGUUCCUUUUAAAUGUAUUUGUUUUGUAAUCUCAUGAUGUUUCUGUGCUUUCCUUCACCUCUGGUGUUGAUUCAAAGCUAAGAUAUCCAUGAAACAACAAUAAUCAUUGAACUCCAAUUAUAGUUUCAGCAUUUUUAUGUAGAUUUACCAUCAUUUGUCUCCCUUCCAUUCAAGUUAUUUUAAAAGCAGUGAUCGCUCAAAUUCAGUUGUUUUCCCAGUUCCUCGUGCAUGUUUAGCCAUGAGUGCCACAGUUCUGUAAUGAAUUUUUGAAGAAGAAAAAAUUAGUGCCAUAUAUAAUAUUAACCCGCUGUCAACAGGGAUGGUAUGCACAUAUAUGCCAUGCCCACUGUGAGUUUAGUUUGUUAAUUGUUUAUACAGGCAGAUGACCCACAAGUGCUUUGUCACCAAGGAGUCCAUAGCUAGCUUAGAUAACCCUAGCACUCUCACUUGCUUAGCAUUUUCCAUGAUUUUUGGAAAUAUUCUUUUUUAUUUCAAAUUGCCAUUAGUGCUGUUAAUUAGCUUUCUGAUUGAUUCCUUGGUGGUUGAGCAAUUGUGGAGCCAGCUAUGUAUAAAGAUAUUUCUCAAAACAAAACUAUGGUGAACAUAACAUGUUCCCAGUGGCUAUGGGUUAAGAUAAUUAUGUAAAAGCUCUAUUACCCCACCACUCAAUAUGAAUUAAUAGAUUUCUAUAAGCCAAGGAUAAAUUAUAUGCUUUCAAACUAUCUAGAAAACUUACCAAAUGAAAUAAAUGUCACAACUAAAUGCUAUAUUUUAACUAAAUAGCAUGUGUCCAGACCUAAAAUUUUGUCUUAGGCUGGAAGGAUUACCUGUAGAAUAAAGUAUUUGUAUUUGUUGAUCUGGCUUGCAGUUUUGAUGAUCUGACAACUGUAUUUCGUUGCUAAUUGAUGGGAAAGAAGCUUAGAUAUUCAUGAAACUGAAUAUUUCUUCCAGUGAGUUGUCCAUACACUGUAAUACUUUUAUAUUAAAUUACUUUUUUGUAGAUCAUUAGUAUAAUUGAUACUAAUACUCAAGUACUUUUUAUAGUCAGAUUUUUUUCUGAGAACCAUUUUUGUAUUUUUCCAAACAGUACAUAGGUUGCAUUUGUGGUUGUGCCCCCUCUUUUGGUAUGACCAAAAAGGGAGUGAAACCUUCAUAGGUAAAAAAAUCUUUAGUCGAUAAGCCGCUUCAUAAUUUUAGUAAUUGAAACUGGCAGUUGCUUCACUAUGGGUGAAAUCAACUAUUAUUUUAGAUACUGCUUUUAUAUCAAUAGGAAAAGAAAAAAUAUUUACUUUUAAGAUUAUUAUAACUUGAUAUGUGUCAGUCUUAGUUUACUUUUUUUCAAAGUUACCAAAUGGUGUUAAGACCAAAUAUCUUUUUUUUCUCUAAUUUACAAGAUACAUUUUCUCAUAAUGUAGGAAGAGUCUGGGAAAAGUAAGUACAUUUUUUGGUUUAAUUUUUUGUAAUGUAAUUUUUAAACUAAUAUGGUCAACAGUGUGUGUGACUAUGUUUUGAUAACCAGUACAAGUUAUUGUUGUUUUCUGUGUUGGUAAUGACUUUUUUUAAGACUUGAAAUAUCUAAGCAUGUGAUAUUUACAUGUAAAAUGUUCCUUUUUACAAUUUAAUAUUUCUCUAUGUACCAAUAAUUACAUAUACAUAUCUACUAUAAUGCAAAUAAGUUACAAUUUCCCUUCACUAAAUAAAUAGAUAUAUCCUAUGAGGUUAUAUAACAGUAAAAAUGAAUGAGUAUAAACCCAAAGUAAUGGUUGCCAACUUCAUCAACACCAGUAUUUGAAUUGAUAUUCCCACAUCCCAACUUUUAAAAAGCAUGUCUACUCAGCAAGCCAAUUUUAUUAACCCCUAAAGGACAAUUUGAUUCAAAUUUAGUAAAGGUACAAUUCAAUUGGUCUUGUGUACAUGUAGGACCUAACUUGUGUCCAAGUUCCCAGCCAGACGUAGUGUAUCAACUGGGUAAAGCAUCUCUGUAAUAGAUGCACAUGCCUCUCACUUGAAUAACCCUGUGCAUUUUUUAACAUCCCACCUCAGAUUAUUUAAUGCACAAUUUUCUUUCAUCCCUUUUCAUCAAGGGGUAUAUUGGAAUUUUACAUUCCUGGAUUAAUUGAUAGAGAUGGGGUGGGGAUUCCAGUGGAAAGGACAAAAGAAAGGAAAGGACUAAAUUCAAGGGCUUGCAAUACCAAACUCAGUGUUGAUCUGCCUGCCAUGAAAGUUUUUUCUUUUUCUUUAAAUCCCAGGCUCUUACCUGGGAGUGUAUGAAAACUCUACAUCCCAGUGGGUCUUGGAGAGGAGAGUCCAGCAUCAUGGGAUAUUCAUCAGUUUAAGUUUUCCACAGUUCUGCAAUGGGACAUUUAAGCCAAUUUUGGAGAACAUUUGAAAUCAGUAAUUUUGCCAUAAAUCAUUAAGCCAAGCUAUUUCCACUCAUUUUCUUGUUAUGUCUCUCAGAUGAGAGGUUUAUGCAAAGUGAAUAAAUGGUAGUAUUAGAAAAGAGAAAAUUUUGGCUAAUCUUUAGCACUCUUAUUAUGAGUGAUUUUACAUUUUAUGCUUUGGCCUCUUGCAAGCUUCAACUUAGCUCAUAUAUCCCCAGUACUAAUUUUGCAAAUCCCAAAUGUAACGUUUUCUACACGAGUUCACAAAUUACCUUUAUUUCAUAUGUACAAUGCUUUAUGUUAUGUUUUACUAUGUGUUUUAAUUUUUUUUUUACUUUCCAUAUUGUAUGUCAUUGCACUUACAAAUUUUACUUUUUUUCCUUUAGUUUUUACAUCUUUAUAUGCCCUACAAAGAUUUAUACUGCAAAUAACGUCAUUUUAGAUAUCCUUUGUGUAACCAUCUGUAGUGUACUUGUCUGAAGAUGAUACUCUUAGCUAAGCAUUAUUCAAACAUGGCUGUAUAAUACCAUUUUUGCCUGUAACCUUGGAUAGGAGAAGAGAGUUGCAAUGUAGCCUUCAUCAUCCUGUCAUGUAAAAAAGCAUUCUUUCUCUAGUUCUCUUCUAUUCAGUGUCAUUCUGAAGUGAAAUGAACUCACUUCACUAAGUCACAAUUCCUGUGUCUACCAGUAGGAUUUAUGUAAAGUUACAUAACCUGUUGUGUGUAAAGUGUUCAUGAUAUCAUUCAAGUUGCUCAUCUAGCAUUUACUCUUUGGAAAGCCACUCCAUUUUUGUGCCUUGCUUCUAACAAUGGCUUUGAAAAGUCUUGCUCAAAGGCACUAUUCAGUAGCUUUUAUAUAACAUCAAAUAUUUGGAUAGCAUGAGAAGAAAUAGAACAUUUGGAUGUCUGUUCACUUAUUAUGAAAAUUAAAUGAAGGCGAGAACUGAAUGUCUGUAGAAGAACAAUUAAUUUAUACAGAAUAUAAAAAGUUUGCCACAUUUGUAUAAAAUGAACCUUGUUUUUCUCCAGGCAAACAGCUGGUUUGCUUAAACUGCACGAGGCUCGAUCCAAUAAAUAUUUAUUAUAUGGUUAUGCAUAUGCUCAAAAAUAAAUGUCUAGACAUGCAUAUCUACUGGACAGACAGAUAGAUAAAUAUAUAUCUAUCAGAUAGAUAGAUUUGUAUUUAUUUUUGUGCUUAUGCUUGUGUAUAUUUAUUUGUGUUGAGCCUUACACAGUUCUAACAUCUUCAAUAUUUAAAUCUAUAGUUGGCUGUAAACAUAUUAAUGUGCAACAUCUUGAUUAUUUACAUUAUCAUGAUAUAAUCUUAUCUGGUGCUAUAAGUGAUUCUCAUGAAAAAUAUAAAUGUUAUUUUGUCACCGUGUUAUGCUAGAUUAGUAAGUAAAGGUUGUUUGGAUAAUUUUUUUUUGGAGGGGAGGGGGAACAUUAAGCCAGUAUUGCUGAAUUUUGAAAAUGUAAAUAAUUUUCUCUAUGGGAAAAUGUAGUAAAAAAAAUAAUAGCAAAAUUCAACUGUAAGGUAAAUACUUGCUUUACCUAAGAUAUAUUUUAUUUGUAUUACACUAAUUGUAUUUACUACCUUUAUUCCAUACUUGAAUGAUUAGUGUUAAAUGAAUGUAGGAUCAAUUAAGGAAAAUCCUGUUGUUGUUCUUUCCAUUGAUAAAAUGAAGAAAAGAUAUAUCCAGAGAGUUAAUAGUUACACAGAGGAAUUAUUUAACUUAAAAUAACUUUUAGUGAAAAUAUCUUUUAGUGUAUCUUACAUGUAGCACAAUUCUAAAGAAAAGAGGCCUUGUUAGAAUGGCAAUCCUCUACCACUAAACAUGUCUCAAUGUUUAUACUGUAACAAGCAAUGUGGACUAGGCUUGCUUGUAAGCUGAAAUUUAUCAAACAUGUGAUGUAUUGUUGGAUGUUUUUUACCUGAUACUUCAGCAAUACAGGACCUUAGUUAUUUGCUCUGUUUCUGGUGUUCUAGGUGGGAGAUCAAAUGCAAAUAGAGCUAUAAAAAACUGAAAGAAACAUUUUUUUUGCCGUUAUUUGGCUAUAGUAGUGUCAUGAAGAAAAUAUUUUUGUGGAGAACAUAGGAUUCAAUGAAUUGACUUCAUAUUAUCCCAUUUAGUGUAUUACAGUAUGCUUUAGGUUUGAGGCAUAAUUCAUCAAUAACAUAAGAAUGGAACCUUUACUGACAUUUUAGAAUAGAAGAAGCCAUUGUAAUGUGUACUUCAGUCAUUAAACUAUACUUGAAGAAAAAAAAUGUCUUCAUAGGCAUAGAUGAUGAGUAACAGCACUGCACCUUCACUGUAUAUGAUCUCUCCUCCGUUUGUGUUUGUUAAGUUUGUUGAAACGUCUUUAAACUAAUCAAAUUUUAAAGAACUGCAAGAUAGUCUGAUUUUGGUAGUUACAUCUAAAGUGACAAAUAAAUCUGUACAAACUUCAUACUCCUCCUGUUCUACCUUCUAUGAUAAAGCAUGGUCUUUGCAUUGCAGAUCUGUAUGUAGGAUGCCACUAAGUGUGUCCAGUGUUCUUAAACAUUAUACAAGUUAUUAUUUGUGUACUGUCGAUCAAAGCCGCCUGAGGCCUUAAAUUCCAAUGCUUUCUUUACAAGCAUACUGAAAGGAUAAAUAAACAGCAUGUAUUACAUAGCUAUACAAAAUAAAUUUCUUAUAAUCAUA